GGCUCAAUUAGGAUCCCCUCUUAGAUUCAGUAGGCCUAUAGUUUGGUUAAAAUCUACUCUUUAUUUAAUCUUGUCCAUCUCACAUCUAUCCUCUUCUUCUUUUACGGUCUGUUCUCUUUAAAUCUAUACUCAGUUGUAAAAGUUAUUGUGUUUAUUGGACCUAAAAAUAAAUACCUGACUACAUUUGUAGUAGGUUAACUCAAUCGUUCGAGUCCUUUUCCCUGUCGACUCCUCGACACAGGCAAAGCAGAACGACGCGCUUUCCCAGCUGAUCCCCUCACGGAUGGCCUCUGUUAAACCUUCGUGGUCUGAAGAGAACUUUUCAUGUCCCAUCUGUCUGGAUGAGUUCAGCAGCCCAGUCACCACACCAUGUGGACACAACUUCUGCAGAACCUGUAUUACUAAGUUCUGGGGUGAAAACGUCCGGUGCAAAUGUCCUGUUUGCAACGAGCUUUUCCAUGCAAGACCUGAUCUGCGUGUCAAUAUACUUUUAUCAGAGCUGGCAGCUCAGCUUAAAAAGUCUGUACGAGUAAAAGAGCAGCCUUUUUUUGAAUCAGCAGAAGUUCCAUGUGACGUCUGUACUGGGAUCCAGCUGAAGGCCGUGAAGUUCUGCCUAGUGUGUUUAACCUCUUACUGCCAAACUCACCUGGAGCCACAUCAUAGAGUCGCAGGCCUGAAGAGACAUGAGCUGGUCGAGCCUAUGGACCUUCUGGAAGAUAGGAUGUGUAAGAAACAUGACCGAUUUCUGAAACUCUUCUGCAAGACUGAACAGGAGUGUGUGUGUCAGUCCUGCACAGAGACAGACCACAAGUUCCAUGCUGUUGUACCUCUAAAGGAGGCGUAUGACGGGAAGACGGCCCAGCUGGGGAAGAUAGAGGCUGAAGUUCAGCACAUGAUCCAGAGCAGAAUACGAAAGAUUCAGGGGAUUAAAGACACAGUAGAAUUGAGCAAAAAAGACGCAGAUAGAGAGAUAGCCGAUGGGGUGCAGGUCUUCACCGCUCUGAAGCGCGUCAUUGGAAAGUGCCAGGAUGAUUUCCAUCGAGCGGUUAAAGAGAAACUCAAUUCAACAGAAAAACAAGCUGAAGACCUCAUCAAAGAGCUGGAGCAGGAAAUAAAAGACUUGACUAAUAGAAGCUCAGAGGUGAAGAAGCUCUCAAACAAUAAAGACCACCUCCACUUCCUCCAGGCCUUCAGAUCCCUGAAGAAUACUACACCCACCAGGGACUGGACGACGGUGGAGGUCCGUCCUCCGUCACACGUAGGGACCUUGAGGAGAUGCCUGGAUCAGCUGGAGGAGACUCUGAACAUGGAGAUGAAGAAGGUGCCUGACCUGAAACCAGGCAUAAAGAAGUAUGCUUGUGAACUCACACUUGACCCGAACACAGCCCACAGACAUCUCUCUCUGUCUGAGGACGACAGAGAGGUGACACAGCUUGGAUGCAAUCAAGGGUAUCCUGGUCACCCAGAAAGAUUUGACUACCGUAGACAGGUGUUGUGUAGAGAGGGUCUGACUGGCCGCUGUUACUGGGAGGUAGAGUGGGAGGAAAGGGUGGAUAUAGGAGUGACAUACAGAGGAAUCACAAGGAGAGGAAGGGGGGAUGACAGCUUGCUUGGAGAGAACAACAUGUCUUGGUGUCUUCAUUGUGAUGAAAAUAAUGGUGGUGAUUUUUACUCUGCCCACUUCAAUGGUAGUGAAACAACAAUACCUUUCGCCUCUUGCUAUAACAGAGUAGGAGUGUAUCUGGACCAACCUGCUGGCAUUCUGUCCUUCUACGAAGUGUCCCCAGAUGUAGGUGGAUCCUCAGACACACUGACACACAUCCUCACCUUCCAGCCUACAUUCACUCAGGAACUCUACCCUGGGUUUAUGUUGUAUGAUUAUGGUUCCACAGUGUCUCUGUGUCAGCUAUAGUCUCCUUCCCUCCCUACCUUCCUUGCUGCAUGGUGGGAUUGUGGUCUCUAUAGACUGAGUGACUUUCAAACGGUUGUAUCCUUUGUGUCUGUAUUCUUCCUUGUCAGUUUGUAAAUACAGUGGGUCUAGGGAGGGUUUUGUGAUCUUUGCCGCCAGACAGCAAUUGCUGGGCAGCAUUUCUGUUUGGUCACAAUGACAGAGAUGACCAAACUCAGGUCGUGUGGCUUGGUAGAGAACAGUCUGUCAAAAACAUGGAAUUGAAAAUCAAAGACUAUUUUUAAAAAGAACAGUUGAUUGUUAAGUCAGUAAACCCCCUAAUAAGGGGUUAAAGAAAACGUGUCUUCUCUGACCAAGAGAUCUACAGGUUGAAGAAAAUCAGGGAACUGAAUGAUGAUGGCGGUGAAAAGAUAAUCUGCAUCCUAGUGAAUUUUUAUGGACGUGAAUAACGAAAUAAGAAGCAGACAGAAAAUCUGUUUGAAAAAUAAUUUGUGUUCCUAAAACAUGUGUAUCUAAAACAUAGACAUAUCCAUUGACAUACAAUAGCUUUAUAUUUCUAUGUGUGUUGCAAUAACUCUGCAACAUUUUGACUUGAAGCAGGGCUGAUCGCUCAGCCCUGCUUUGAUAAAAAAAAAAAAAGAUACCUCUCUCAUAACUUACACACUUAUAACUCAAACACUCAUUACUCGCACAGACGUAACUCAAUCACUCAUAAUUCACCAGUGAAUUUUAGUUUAAGUGUUUUUUUUAAUAUUAUAUUGAUGGAUAGGUACUUAAUGAUAACCCUGCUGUCCAUGUCCCUCUGAGAGCUGAGCUCCAGAAGGUGGGGGUGUUUGUUGAUCAUGAUGAGGGUCUGGUCUCCUUCUAUGAUGUGGAAGACAGGGUUCAUAUCUACUCUGUUACUGGCUGCACCUUUACUGAGCCUCUCCAUCCAUUCUUCGCUCCAUGUUUAUAUGGUGAUCAAGGUAUAAACUCUCCCCCCAUGAUCAUCUCACCUGUCAAUCCAAAAGACUAAGGCCUUUGUUUGAUAAUGAAAUAAUCAAACAACCAAACCUAAGGUUGUUUCCUGAAUGAGAAUCUCUACUAUGUGAGAUCUGAGAUAACUGCAUUAAUGUUGUACUGCUGGAGAAAUCCAUUAGGAAAAUAACCCUUACUAUUAUAAAAUAUAACCCAUUGUAAAUUAUUAGAUUCCACUAUGUUCUUCAACGUGCGAUUUCUCAGUUUUUCUUUUCUUUUGGUUUAGUAAAUGGUUGUAGUUACUCAAAGUUUUGAGGAUACGGUUGUUUAUCAUAAUCUUUACAUAAGUCAUAAAUGACAACCGAUUUAUAUUUGUAAGUUUUUCUGAUUUAAAUAAAAUGCACAAAAAAUUAAAUCUUUCCUUUCUUAGUGGAAUAGAUGUUUUCAGGGGAAAUUUUACAUUACAUUUGUUCACAUUAAACAGGUACUAUUUUCAUUUGUUUUGUCAACAAUUUUUCUUCGUGGAAAAAAGAGUUCACUGAAACAUAAUAAAACAAAUCCUCUUCCCUCCGAGGGCUUUGUGUGAAGAGCCGCUGUACUCCAACAUCUGGCCCAAUGUAGGACUAGUAGAUAGAAGAGAGUAGUAGAGAGUGUGAAGUGAACCCUGACUAUUAUAAAUGAUUUAUAACCCAUUCUAAAUUAUUAGAUAACAUUAUAUUCUUCAUUGUCUUUUUUUUUCUCAAAUUAUUUAAAGGUUUACUGCUACACAAUGGUUAAUGGUUGCAGUUACGUGUACUAUGUUUUGAGGAUUAAUGUGUAUAAUCAUCUAAACAUAACUAUAUCGGAAUCAAGAAUGAUUAUCAGGGAAACACAUUUUUGAUUUAAAUAAAAAUGGGGAAAAGG